CCUGCUCAGACUCUGUCAGGCUGGUGAAUGGGACUAGUCUGUGUUCAGGCAGACUGGAGGUGAAGUCUGAGCAGUCGUGGUCCUCAGUGUGUGAAGCUGACUUUGACCAGCAGGAUGCAGAUGUGGUCUGUAGGGAGUUUGGCUGUGAGGCUCCUUCAGUCCUCCAGGGGGCGCUCUAUGGAGAAGUGGAGACUCCAAUGUGGACCAAAGAGUUCCAGUGUGGAGGCCAUGAGUCUGCUCUCCUGGACUGUAGAAGAUCAGACUCAGCUAGAAGAACCUGCUCACCUGGUAAAGCUGUUGGACUCACCUGCUCAGAUCCUGUCAGGUUGGUGGGAGGAGCCAGUCGCUGUGCAGGUACACUGGAGGUGAAACAGGGAGAGUGGACACCAGUGAGUUCCUCUGACUGGACCCUGAAGGAAGCAGCUAUAAUAUGCAGAUAUUUGGACUGUGGCUCUGCUGUUUCAACAGGAAGCAGAUAUCAAGACUCAGAUAGAGCUCUAUGGUUGAUCAACUUUGACUGUCUUCAGUCUGGAUCUGCAGUAAGGGACUGUGUAUCAUUAUCAGGUUCCUCUUCCUCCAUUGUGGAGAUCACCUGCUCAGACUCUGUCAGGCUGGUGAAUGGGACUAGUCUGUGUUCAGGCAGACUGGAGGUGAAGUCUGAGCAGUCGUGGUCCUCAGUGUGUGAAGCUGACUUUGACCAGCAGGAUGCAGAGGUGGUCUGUAGGGAGCUUGGCUGUGAGGCUCCUUCAGUCCUCCAGGGGGCGCUCUAUAGAGAAGUGGAGGCUCCAAUGUGGACCAAAGAGUUCCAGUGUGGAGGCAAUGAGUCUGCUCUCCUGGACUGUAGAAGAUCAGACUCAGCUAGAAGAACCUGCUCACCUGGUAAAGCUGUUGGACUCACCUGCUCAGAUCCUGUCAGGUUGGUGGGAGGAGCCAGUCGCUGUGCAGGUACACUGGAGGUGAAACAGGGAGAGUGGACACCAGAAGCAGAUAUCAAGACUCAGAUAGAUCUCUAUGGUCGAUCAACUUUGACUGUCUUCAGUCUGGAUCUGCAGUAA